CUUAUCAGAAACAGUCCACCUGCAGAUCAUAUUUUGGGGAAGAAGCUUUGACAUCCGAGGAACAACCAAUUAGAUUGACGACAAGAAGAUUCACAGGCAUGGACAAAAGACUUAUCUUCUGUGUUCUGUUGGUGACGCUGCCUGGGAGAUUUGUGGGCACUUAUGCUGUGAUGACUCGAAACAUUACGACAACACCAGCUAGCAAUAUGAUAACAACAGCAGGAAUAAAGGUAACAAAUCCCACCAAUAUGUCAACAACCCCAGCUAGCAAAGUGACAACAACAGCAAAAGCCACCGUGGCAAGUCUCGGCAAUAACUCCACUACACCAGCCAGCAACGUGACAGCAACAGCAGAAGCCACCGUGACAAUGGCAAUAUCAACACAAUUUUCCACAGUAUCACCAAACACUGCUGUGCCAAACCUUGAGACCAACAUCACUAAAGAUGAGUGUGGAUCCCAGCAGCUGUGUGUAGCUGAGCCCUCUAGUUGCGACCCCUCUAUAACAGGAUCUUGCUUCUUCCUUGCUGCCAAGCAGCAAAGUGGUCGAAACUUUAACUUCCAUCUCUCAGGAGAAUCAAACGGAUACAUUGCAGCAACUCUCACAGGUGGAGUUGGAGAGGGAGACCCAACUUAUGUCUGUGCAAAUAGCAACGGUAAAGUCAAAUUCUUUGGUUCGACCCUCAAAAAUGGUGUGCUAACUAUUUCAGUGCUCAAUGUGACCUCAAUGAAGGGCAAGGUCAAGGGCAAAACAAUUCAGUGCAGUUUCCUUGCCACUGUUCCAGAACCAGCGACUCGAGCAACAAACCUCGGCUUUUCGGUUUCCACGGGAGAGUAUAAUGACACUAAUGAAAACCUGGGUGCUCCCGCCCCUGUUAUAAAGGUCAGCAACGUAGACCUGGAAAACCCUAAUAGCACCAUAACCAACGAGAUUACCAACACAACAACCCAAGCACCAACGCCAAACAAUGCAAGCACAGUGUCACCAGUAGGGGCUCUCAUCCCCCAGCUUUCGACAACUAUAACCCGGCAAGAAUGUGGCUCCGCAAAGCUCUGUGCAGCCGAACCCUCAGAGUGCGAUCCUGCUGCCGGAGGUAGUUGCUAUUUCCUUUCCGUCAAGCAACAAAGUGGGCAAAUAUACACAUUUGAGCUCUCAGGACAGUCAGAAGGCUACGUUGCUGCUGGACUCUCUCCUAGCGUAACUCUGAAUGGCACCCACAUAGCUUACAUUUGUGCAAAGAACAAUGGCGCUGUCAGAUUCAUCACUGCCACCAUUGAAAAUUUGGAGCUAAACCUCAAGCAGUCGCAGAACUCAAGCAAUGAGCAGGGCAAAGUCGACGGCAGCAAAAUCCAGUGUACAUUUUCAGCUGAUCUACCAGACACGACUACCCGAGCAGCAGCUUAUGCUUUGUCAGUUUCAACUGGGUCUUAUGAUGCCAAUACUUUUCAGCUGGGAAGACCAUCGUUCCACUUAUUGACACGUCUUGCAAACUUGUCGGAUCCUACCGCUAACCUCACCAACCUGCUAAACGGCACCACCAGUUACGCUCCUUCUCUGCUCACACCCACACGCUCUUUCUUGCCUGCUCUUCUGGUUACCGUAUGUAUGCUGGCAUUCACAGCAAUGUGAAGAAACCAACGUUGAUACAUUUUCUAGUGACUUGUGAUUUCUGCAACUAAAGAAAAAUUACUAAACUGGACCAUUUAAUGUUUAUUUAUUAUUUAAAGUUCUUACUCGAAUAUAAGACUUUAGAUCACUGGAGUACAAUUAAGUAGCAGGUCCUGUUACACUUUUAAAGGGUUGCAAGAAAAGUGGUGAUGUUUGUUUUCUUAAUCAGCAUAAGUCAACUUUGAUUUGAUUUGAUUUUGAUUUACGUAGCAGGACUGGGGUUUUGAGGUCUGGUUACCUUGUAAAGCCUGGUGGUUUAUGGUGAAAUGUUGUGUUUUAUUUCUUCUUUUUUUUUUUUUACAAUUGUUUCAUUGAAAAGCAGCUUGUGUAAACCUACACGUAACAUUUGUGUUGCAAAAAAUUUUCCAACAUGUUCUACUCCUGAAGCGUUGCUAAAACCGAUGCCAUCAAAACACUGCAUUUGCUGUGAUGAUAUAUGUUAUUAAUAACGUAGAGGUGUUUAAAUUAUGAAGCCUUCACUGGCUGACGUUGUGUGCUCGUUAUGUGCAAACAGAAUGAAAAAAAAAAUGCUGUACAUGAUGCCAUAAAUUGGUGAGUUAAUAAUAUAGACCUAUGCUAAGAUUACCAGAUUUUUUUUUUUUUCAGUAAUUGAAUAAAUAUAUUUUCAUUAAAACCG